ACAACUUCCGGCGUGAUGGCGCACAAGAUUUGAAUUUGCCGUCGUGUUAGCUGCGUUUGGCACCUCGCUCUCGCUUAUUUACAGCCACAGGAGCCCGUUUGGUAAUCACACAUCAAGUGAAAUAUGUUUUAAUGUAUAUGCUGUUGUAGGUGCGUGUAAGACACACUGACGGAAAUCACUGAAACACUUCAAAAAAGCAGUGGAAACUAUGAAUGAGGACACCUGCAAAUUAUUUGAAAAAGUUGCCCAAAAGAUGGGCUGGUUUGAUGGGGGAGGACUGGACGAAGCAGAAAAAAAGCUGCUAAGCGCGAUUGGCAAGACUCGUCACGUUGCCACAAGUGGCCAUCGAUCAGCCUCACCCGCCCAGCUUGCCUCCUCGGACAGUGAAGAUGACCCAGAGAAGGAAAACCAGUACUCUAAGGGCAACAAUUACAGAAACAAGUCUUUGAUCGAGUCAAGUGACGAUGACGACCAAUUUCUUGUAGGAAGGGCUACACCGAAAGCUAAACCUGCCUCACAGAAACCAUGCAGUGCUGCGACGAAAGGCAGUUCAAAUAUUCUUGUGGUGACCUCGGAUGAUGAUGAUGAUGAUUCCAGUUUUGAAACAUUUCUGCAAAGAGUGAAAACACCUAACACCAAGCCGAAGAAACCAUCAGAAAGUGGGAGUGAAGAUAGCCUCAAAGCCUUCAUAGUAGAUGACUUCUCAUCAGACGAUGACUUUCUUGAGACGAAACCAUCCAUUAAAGUGUCCACAAAGAGCAAUACACCCGCAGCCCAACGUCCACUGAGAAAACCACUGUCUCAGUGUGACUCUCCAGUCUUUGUUAGUGACAGUGAUGAUGAUGAUGAUAAUAUUGUCAUCAAGAGCACAUGGAGGACUCGUCACUCCAAGCCCCAGACAAAGACUGGCACCAAUAAUACUCCACUGAGUGACGAAGCGAAGAGUUCGCCAUCACCUUUCUCUUCUCCCUUUCCUCGUCCUCCCCACAAAACUCCCACUUCGCUGGCCUCUCCUAAACGAACUCUUUCAGCACCCUCUAAGCUGGAUGAGUCGGCCAGUUCUGAGGAGGAGUUUACAUCCCUAUUGGAGAGACUGAAAAAGAAAAACAAGCUCCCUGGCACUUCAUUCUCACCCAGGACCACCCACGAGUGCAGUAAAGAGCCUCCUGUGUUAGUUCCUCCUGUAAAGGGAUUCAAAAAACCAGCCACACCUAAAUCAUUUGUGGAAACGCCUCGGCAUUUCAAGACACCAGGAAAAUCCACCAUCUUGAAGCCCAUAGUCAGUCAGACAGAGCCCAGACAUGGCCCCACCAGCAGGGUAGCAUUGUGUAAGACUCCAGGGUGCUUCCUGCAGUCCUUAUCAAAUCCUGGCACCACCUAUGGUCGCAAUUUUAAGCAGAACAAGGAAGAACUCACCAGCAAACUCUACCGGUUGUACAAUACCAGUGUGUUUGACAGUAAGUUCCCCACCGAUAUGUCCGUAACUUGGAAUAAAAAGAUGCGGAAAACAGCCGGGUACUGUGUCACAGGGCAGGAGCGAGGUGGAGGGAAUCGCUACGCCCGCAUUGAACUGUCAGAGAAAGUCUGUGAUUCUGCAGAUCGUCUCAGAGACACACUGAUUCAUGAGAUGUGUCACGCUGCUACCUGGCUGAUAAAUGGUGUUAGGGACGGUCACGGAAACUUCUGGAAGCUGUAUGCCCGCAAGUCCACAUUGGCGCAUCCUGAGCUGCCCAUGGUCACCCGCUGCCACAGUUACGACAUCAAGUACAAAUUCCAGUACCAGUGCACCCGCUGCCAGAAUACGAUCGGGCGUCAUUCCAAGUCACUGGACACGCAGAGGUUUGUGUGCGCCCUCUGCACAGGACAGCUGGUUUUACUAACACCCUCCAAGCCACGUGCACCAACACCUUUUGCCAACUUUGUCAAAGAGAAUUACGGGACUGUACGACAGGAGCUAGCAGGACAAAGCCACGCGGAAGUGAUGCGCAAACUGAGUGCCGACUUCUCCAAGACUAAACUCUGAGAUCUUGACACUCACUGUAUAUGGACUGAGCGACACAACACCAGGAAAUAUCUCAGUCAACUACUCUUACAUUCGUGAGCAGCUGUGAUUAUUAAUGUUCAGUCUUCUUUUCUGUUUUUCAUGUUUUGUCAAUGUUUGUGAUUAUUGGAUCCGCUGUAACUGGAAAAUCUGAGCCUAAACUGUGUGUGUAGAUGAGACAAUUCAGCACUUGAUCACACCAGUAUUGAAUAGAUAUUGGAGAUCAGUUUCUUAAGGGCAUUGGCAGACUAUAUGUUUUUAUAUUUUAUAUUUGAUUUUACUGUUAUGACCUCCAUAAAUAAAGUUUCAGUGAAUCACUGUUCAUUAAA